GACUGUGUCGACGGGGUAGAAUAUUAAUACACAAUUGUUGCUAUUUAUUGUUGAAUUGACCUUAUCUCUAGCGGUUUAGGCUUUUUGCGCAUGCGCGAGAUUUCUCACGGACACUACAUAGGCUACUAAUACUCUCUUAUUUUCUACUUCCUCGCCUUGUUUAAGCAAACCAAAGUUCACAUCAUCGACCCAGUUGCCUCUCGUAUUUCUGAUAACCGCUUUCUAGUGCAUACAUAACAGUUACUCUCUCUGGGAGUUUAAAGACAUUUUCAAAAUAUAUUUCCUCCGUCACGUUUCUUCAUUCCCCUCCAUGGACAGAUGAACGCCUCAUCAUUCUCUCAGUGCUAUCAUCUGGAUGACUAUCGAGUCCUUAUCAAAAUGCAAAUGUAUUUCCCCGCAGGAGAAUGAGCUGCUGGUGGGAUUUCACUAAGAUUGAGACUGAAUGGGUUUCCCCGGGUCCAUUGUCUGUCUUUGUAAAAGUCGUAUUUAAUGCAAGACACAAUGGUGUGAGACAGCUUGAGUGAAAGGGUUUCUGUAAGGCUGGCCCACUCGCCAUUGACGUGCAUUCGGGGCCUCAGGCCGACGUCUUGGUGCAUUGAUGAGGUAACGGCGGAGCCCGGAAACCCAGCCCCUGCGUCACACCACCCCCCUCCCAUUCCCCUCUUCCCUCCCCCUCGCCACCCAACCAACCAUGGGGCAAAAGAUCUCGGGGGGCAUAAAGUCCGUGGACGCACGUGGGGAACCGUCCUUUAGACCUCUGAGGAGAGAGCUGAGAGGGCCGGACUUCUUCAAGCCCGCCAGGUUGGACUUACUUCUGGACAUGCCCCCCGCUCCACACGAGCAGCAGCUUAGACACGCAUGGAAUCCGGAUGACCGCUCCCUUAACAUCUUCAUCAAGGAUGAUGACAAACUUACCUUCCAUCGCCACCCGGUUGCACAAAGCACAGACGGUAUACGCGGUCGGGUGGGUUUCACGCGAGGACUACACGUUUGGAGGAUCCAUUGGCCCACCAGGCAGCGGGGCACGCACGCCGUGGUGGGCUUGGCCACGGCAGAUGCACCGCUGCACUCGGUUGGCUACACGUCGUUAGUUGGGAGUGAUGUUGAGUCCUGGGGCUGGGACCUGGGACGUAACAAGCUCUACCACAACAGUAAGAACCGACCGGCCUCUUCUUCCCCCACCUACCCGAGCUUCCUGGAGCCAGAGGAGGCCUUUGUGCUGCCAGAUGCCCUGAUGGUGGUGCUGGAUAUGGAUGAGGGCACCUUAAGCUUCAUGGUGGAUGGACAGUACCUUGGAGUGGCCUUCAGAGGCCUUAAGGGCAAAAAGCUUUACCCCAUCGUCAGUGCGGUGUGGGGUCACUGUGAGAUCACUAUGCGCUACAUCAAUGGCCUAGAUCCGGAGCCUCUGCCUCUGACGGACCUCUGUCGACGCGCGGCACGGCUGGCUCUGGGACGUGAGCGUCUGCAGGAGAUUGAAACCUUGCCUUUGCCCCAGUCUCUGAAAAAUUACCUCCAGUACCAGUGAGAGCAGAACUCAGGCCCUCAUGACAGAGACACACAGAGAGGACGCUUGAGGUGCAACUGUAACGGCACCAUCCGGCGGAUGAGGGAAACAUGUUUACAUUGUGGCUCACUGGUGGAAUCUUAGGGUUUUGUAUUUGUUUGUUUUAGUUAUUUUUAUUUUUCCUCUUUAUGAUUUGUUUAAAUUAUUGAUGGCUUUGGAAGAAGCACGGAGGACAGUGUUAUUGACAUUAAACGGGACGGUGUGCAGCGGCUCUCCAGCGCCUCCAUGUGUACGUUUCGCCCUGGAGAAUACGACAGGAAGCUGUGUUUCAGAAGCUCGGUAAUCUUGGGAUGAAAGCUCACAGUGAUAAUCUUGCGUUCUUUUCCUGGAUUUUCCCUGCAGAACACAGUCAACGCUCAAAGGUGAUCUAACCCAGACAACAUCUCAGUCCAGACAACCCUGAAAGGUGCCAGCACCUGCACACAAGAACACCGGGGAACAUUAAUAUAUACGGACCGACAGCAGACAUUUCCCGUUUUUCCUAGGAUGGAUGUGUAUUCCCAUGGACACAUAUGCAUACGCACAUACUGUAUACAGCCAACAAUCAUAUGCGCAUUUUACAUUUUUUUUAUUUCUUCAUCUGAGAGCUCGAGUCAGUUUGUCUAUCUGAAUUUGUACCCUGAUUUUAUUGUGAGUGUGAACCUGUUUUUUUUUUUUAGUUGAUGAUCUAUCGAGAUGUUUUGUCUCUCUUUAAUUUUAUUUAUCAGGUUCUAGUUUCUUUAAUGGACAGAACGUGCGAGCUAGCACAUAGAUGAACACUAUCAUACUCAUCACAUAUGGCUUUCUAUUUUAAACUGGGAUGCUGCUGUUAUUAUUAAAAAUAAUAAUAUUAUUAUAAUUCUGCCUGGAUGCUCAGAUAGAAGUCUGGUUUUCUGAGGCACAGUGGAAUGUAAUGAUCUCGCUAGCAUUAGCAUAUUUGAAAUGUUAAUAAAAGCCAAGUGAAUGA